GACCAAAGAGCGAAGAGAGAGACAAACCUCGCAGGUCGCAGCUGAGGGCCAUGGCUCGUGGGCAGCAGAAGAUUCAGUCCCAGCAGAAGAACGCCAAGAAGGCAGCAGAGAAGAAGAAAAAUCAGUGCGCCGACCAGAAGACGGCAGCUAAGGCCGCUCUGGUCCACACUUGCCCCGUCUGCCGGACACAGAUGCCUGAUCCAAAGACAUUUAAGCAGCACUUUGAGAGCAAACACCCCAAAUCCCCCAUGCCUCCUGAGCUGGCGGACGUUCAGGCAUAAAGAGCAGCUGACUGGAACAGGAUACACGAUGACCACGGAUUAAACGUUGAAUCAUGGCGCCAGGAAGGAUGUCGACGUCGAUGACGAACACUGGGACCUGUCAGUAUUCACGGACAACGGGUUGGGACGGAGGGCGGGAGGCAGGCGGAAGGGGGUGGAUGUGUGUAUAUGCUGUGUACGUACGCGUGUUUGUGUAAGAGAAAACGAUAACGAGAGGGGGCAGAGGUACACCAGCACCCCAUUUUUUUAAUAUUUAUUGUGUACAACUACCUUGCUAUUCCAGAGGGAGGGAUCACAGGAAGCAGAACCAGCAAGAAUGCCUGCUAACACUGAGUAAAAGUAUCUCCUGACCAAUGAAAAACAAAAAAAAGGAGGCAAUGAGUGUGAACGGCACAUCCAAAUCCCCACUGAAGAGUUAAUCAACUACAAUGCACAUGGCUCUGCUGUUGGGUUAAAACUUAAAACACUCUUCCUUUCACUCACUCUUUCCUGAGUGGCAGAUAAGCAGAAGUCAGCUUUCUAUCACUUUAAAUACAAAUAUUACCCACAGCUUAUAUAAAAAAUAAAAAAAGAGACUAAAAUCCAAUUUUUUUAACUCUAUAACUAUACAACUCCUCCUCUGUGCUGCUUCUCUACAACAGUACCUCACGUUAAACCACACAGCAUGUCAGUAUGUCUCUUUUUUUUUUUCUCCUCCAUUUACACUCAUUUUUAAAGUCCAUCAUGGGCAAGCUACCCCCCCCCC